ACUCUCUACAAUAGUUUUUGUUUGAUGAUUUGAUUUAUUUAUACAGUGAUAAUAAAAUUAAAAAAAUGGUUUUAAAUGAAGAAAGUGGGAAUGGUUUACGUGCGUUAAUUCUUGUUGGCGGUUAUGGAACAAGAUUACGACCUUUAACCCUAAGUCGACCAAAACCAUUAGUAGAAUUUGGUAAUAAACCAAUUUUAUUACAUCAAAUUCAAGCUUUAGUUGCUGCCGGUGUUAAGGAAGUAAUUUUAGCGGUUUCAUACAGAGCUGAACAAAUGGAAAAUGAGUUACGUGAAGAAUCACGUAAAAUGGGCAUUCAACUAAUAUUUUCACAUGAAACAGAGCCAUUAGGAACUGCAGGCCCCAUAGCAUUAGCAAAAAGUCAUUUACAAAAAAGUGACACACCAUUUUUUGUACUAAAUUCAGAUAUCAUAUGUGAUUUUCCAUUCAAAGAAAUGAUUCAAUUCCAUCGGAAUCAUGGUAAAGAAGGUACUAUUGUUGUUACAAAAGUGGAAGAACCGUCGAAAUACGGUGUAGUGGUCUAUGGGUCGGAUGGUAAAAUUGACAGUUUUAUUGAAAAACCACAAGAGUUUAUAUCAAAUAAAAUCAAUGCUGGAAUGUAUAUUUUAAACCCAAGUGUUUUAUCACGUAUUGAUCUAAAACCGACGUCUAUUGAAAAGGAAGUAUUUCCAUACAUGGCGACUGACAAUCAAUUAUAUGCAUUUGAACUGAAAGGUUUUUGGAUGGACGUUGGACAACCAAAGGAUUUCUUAAAAGGCACAUGUUUAUAUUUAGCGAGUUUACGUAGUACGAAUAAAGAAAAAUUGUAUGAUGGUGAUGGUGUAGUUGGAAAUGUUUUAAUCGAUUCAACGGCGAAAAUUGGGCAAGGUUGUCGUAUCGGUCCAAAUGUUACAAUUGGCCCUGAUGUUGUUAUCGAAGACGGUGUAUGUAUCAAGAAUUGUACAUUAUUACGUGGUGCUACAAUAAGAUCACACGCUUGGUUAGAUUAUUGCAUAAUCGGCUGGAAUAGUGUGGUUGGACGUUGGGUGCGGAUCGAAGGGUGUACGGUUUUAGGUGAAGAUGUCAUUGUACAGGAUGAAGUGUAUAUAAAUGGUGGGCAAGUACUACCUCAUAAAUCAAUUGCUAAAAGUGUACCAGAGCCUCAAAUUAUUAUGUGAAAGUAUAUGUUACUAAUUGUAUAUGUUUCUUUUAAAAUUGACA